AUGUCUUUCAAAGCCCUCCUUCUCACUGCUGCAAUGGCCAGCUCCGCCCUCGCCGCCAACAACCUCAACUUUAUCUACUCCCGCGGCGACUUCGCAACCGGCGGCCCAGGCGGCACCCAGACCGGCCACGACAGCGGCCUGACCAUCACCGACAACACGGGCAAGGAGCUCUACAGCGAGUCCUACCCCGGCAACGCAUCUCCAUGCGCUAACCCCAACAUGGAGCUCAAGAUCAGGUCGUCUUGCUGGGAGGGAGAGUUUUCCUUCAACUGUGCUGCCAGCGCGUUUGGAAGGAUUAACGGCUGUGAAGUCAAGGCUGGCGAUAACAAGUUUCCUGGAAAGGUUGACUCUGAUGAGAAUUUCACGGGGAUUUCGGUUUCGGUUCAGGAUGAAAGGAAGUACUUGGACACGCAAUAA